GUCGCCGCCGCAGCGCGGGCGGCCGCGAGCCCGUAGCAGGGAGCCUGGCGCAGGGGCCGCCGAGCCCGCGCGCUCCUACCAGUCGCUGCGCUGCUCAUAACCUGAUUGUUAUUUUUAUUUAUUUAUUUUUUUCAGGAACGGUUGCUCCGAAUCAGGUCUUCUCUUGAAUCUGCAGCGACGCCCCCGGCGCGUGCACAAAGGCUCCGACGGCGGCCGGCGGGGACUGUCUAGCGCGCGGGAGCCGGCGCCAGAGGUCGCCUGUGCGCGCCCUAGCCAAGCCCCAGGCACCAUGCCGCGGCGCCUGCAGCCGCGGGGCGCGGGCACAAAGGGCCCGCCGGCCACGACCGCUGCGGCUUCGGAGGCCGCCUCAAGUUCCCACCCCUCCGCCUCCGGGGACCCUCCAGCAUCGGCCAAGCCGCUGCUGCGCUGGGACGAGGUGCCCGACGACUUCGUGGAGUGCUUCAUCCUGUCGGGCUACCGGCGGCUGCCAUGUACGGCGCAGGAGUGCCUAGCCUCGGUGCUGAAGCCUACCAACGAGACGCUCAACUUCUGGACGCACUUCAUCCCGCUGCUGCUAUUCCUGAGCAAGUUCUGCCGCCUGUUCUUCCUGAGCGGCCAGGACGUGCCCUUCCAUCACCCGUGGCUGUUGCCGCUGUGGUGCUACGCGUCGGGCGUGCUGCUGACCUUCGCCAUGAGCUGCACGGCGCACGUGUUCAGCUGCCUGUCGCUGCGCCUGCGCGCUGUCUUCUUCUACCUGGACUACGCGUCCAUCAGCUACUACGGCUUCGGCAGCACAGUGGCCUAUUACUACUACCUGCUGCCGGGCCUGAGCUUGUUGGACGCCAGAGUGAUGACACCGUAUGUGCAGCAGCGCCUGGGCUGGCACGUGGACUGCACGCGCCUCAUCGCCGCCUACCGCGCGCUCGUGCUGCCGGUGGCCUUCGUGCUGGCUGUGGCCUGCACGGUGGCCUGCUGCAAGAGCCGCACAGACUGGUGCUCUUACCCAUUCGCGCUUCGCACUUUUGUGUUCGUCAUGCCCCUCAGCAUGGCCUGCCCCAUCAUGCUCGAGAGCUGGCUCUUUGACCUGCGCGGCGAGAACCCCACGCUCUUUGUGCACUUCUAUCGUCGCUACUUUUGGCUGGUGGUGGCCGCCUUCUUCAAUGUGAGCAAGAUCCCGGAGCGCAUCCAUCCAGGCCUCUUCGACAUUAUUGGCCACAGCCACCAGCUCUUCCACAUAUUCACUUUCCUUAGCAUCUAUGACCAGGUGUACUACGUGGAGGAGGGCCUGCGCCAAUUCCUCAAGGCGCCGCCUGCGGCGCCCACCUUCUCUGGCACCGUGGGCUACAUGCUGCUGCUGGUGAUCUGUCUGGGGCUGGUCAUCAAGAAGUUCCUAAACAAAACCGAAUUCUGCAGUAAAAAGUGAACCUCCGCCUUGGAGGAGGCUGCUGGUUCGCCCACCUAUUUGUUUGGAGUUUCUGUUGUUGCUAUUGUUGGUUUGUUUUCAAGUUUUGUUGUGUUUCCUUCUUUGCUCAAGGAAGGUGCUGCAAAACCACAGGGAAAAAGUCGAAUGCAACAAGGGGGUCUCAGUGCACUUGGGGGCUUUGGAAGAGGGAGAUAUGGUUCAAGCAAGAGGGAGAGUGCCACUGGUUCUUGCCCCUGGAAAAAAAUUCGGGUGGUGUCUCUGACAUCCAGGAGUUUUUCCAAGGGAGUGAGUAAAAUCCCAAAUAAAACCCCGAACAGUUUGGUUUUCCAGUCGUCUUCUGCGCCAGUGGUAAUGAGGAGUAGUCCUGGUGAGGUCAGGUAUGCAGUAAAGAGGGUAAGUAGACAAAAUCCCCGAGUACUUCCAUUUCGGUCUGAGGAAUGCUUGGAUUUGUAAAAAGAAUGGAGCUUUGUAGGAAAUGGGCACAAAGACACAAACCCAGGGCUUAACCUGCUAGAAAAUGCAUGGAAUGUGAACACAAAUUAAUUAUUUCAAAAUAUUUCUUAGAUGUUAUUUAAAUAGUAAUAUAUACAAUGAUUUUUCACAAUUUAUCAAAGCCUGUGAUAUGCACUGAAUUUUCUUUGUUACAUAGUUUUGAAUUUUGCAGCCCUUCUGCAUUGCAUACACUUGAACUGGACAUCAGGGCAAGCUGCUUGAGAAUUCUCAACUACUUUUUUAAACAGUGUUUUCUGAAGGCUUAUGUGUGUUAUGAUACAACUGUGAAUUAUUCUACCUUAGGGACUCUGGUUAAACUAUUGUUGAGGAGCUCAGUGGUUUAUAUACAUCCCAGGUUCCAAUUUACUUUAUUCCACAAAACCCAUCCGAUUUUUUAUUUUGUUUUUAAUUUUAUUCUUUCUUUCUCUACUUAUUUAAAUUGCCACUGGAAUAAAUGUGCCUUUUGAAGCAAUGCCCAAA